AUGGUGCGUAUCUUGUUCGUUCAUCCGGAUCUGGGCAUUGGCGGUGCCGAACGGCUAGUAGUGGAUGCGGCGCUAGCUUUGCAAAGCAAGGGCCACACGGUCAGCUUUCUGACCAACCAUCAUGACCCCAACCACUGCUUCGACGAGACGAAGGAUGGACGUUUGCCGGUGAUGACGGUCGGAGAUUGGCUACCGAGAGAUAUCUUUGGCAAGUUCUACGCCGUGUGCGCCUACAUACGCAUGAUGUACGCCGCCUUCUACUACAGUCUAUUCCUGUCCAAAAAAGAGCCGGUCGAUGUGGUUUUUUGUGAUCUAAUCUCGCUAGGAAUUCCUAUAUUUCGGCUGGCACGUCCCAACCCCAAGAUACUGUUCUACUGCCACUAUCCUGACCAGCUGCUGUCCAAACCGGGCAGCCUUCUGAAGCAGUACUAUCGGAUGCCGCUGAAUUACCUCGAGGAAGUAACAACGGCGCAAGCAGAUGGCAUCCUGGUGAACAGUAAGUUUACCAGUCGAGUGUUUAAGGAAACGUUCAAACGGAUUGCAACCGAUCCGGAUGUGCUGUAUCCGUCGCUAAACACCCGAUUCUUUGACGAAUCUCACACCGAUGAGUCGGACCAGGUGGUCAAGCUGGCGAAUGAUGCUUUCGUGUUUCUCUCGAUAAAUCGUUACGAGCGCAAAAAGAACCUUACGCUGGCUUUGCACGCUUUUAAGGCGCUACAGGAGUUGGUAUCCCCGGCUGAGUGGCACAAGGUGUGUCUCAUUAUGGCCGGCGGAUACGACGAUCGGGUGAUGGAGAAUGUGGAGCAUUACGACGAACUGGAGGAGCUGGCUGAAGAUAUGCAGAUACGUGCCAAAGUACGUCUACUAAAGUCUCCCACCGAUCGCCAAAAGCUGUCCUUGCUGCACCGCGCCCAGGCACUGGUUUACACACCCGAAUUCGAGCAUUUUGGAAUCGUUCCGCUGGAAGGAAUGUACCUCUCGAAACCGGUCAUUGCAGCCAACAGUGGUGGUCCGUUGGAGACCAUCAUCCACGAGCAGACGGGAUUCUUAUGCGAGCCUGUCCCGAAGGAAUUUGCGACCGCAAUGGCAAAGCUGGUGAAAGAUGACAAGCACUGCGAACGCAUGGGAGCCAUGGGACGGAAGCGAGUGCAGCAAAGGUUUUCGUUCGAGGCAUUCAGUACCAAGCUGGACAACGUCGUUACCGAUCUGAUUCAGCGAGAUGGCGAGAAAAAGUUCAAAUAGCAUAGGUGGUGCUUGUUGCUUUCCACAUUGCUGGCGAUU